AUGAGGCCUCCUAAACUUGUUCAGGGGAGAUUGAAAUCAUUCACCCUGCACACCACACAGGAGGAUUUCAACAUUGAUAUAAGUGACGUCACUGGUGUAUCUCAGACACUACCACCUCAACCAGUUCAUCAGCAGCCACCACAUUGUCCAGGACCAUCGGCACGCCCUCGUUCAGAGGAGGACGAUGAUGAUGACGACUUCAUGCAACCCCCAACUAGGCAUCCGGUAACGAACAAUAAUCAACGCCGUACUACAAAUGUUGUUGUCAAUGCACGCAGAGAUGAAAAACUGCAGAAGAAAAAUGCCCCUUGCACGGAUCCACCUAUGAAGCUUAGGGACAUCAAUGAUACGGUUUACUACAUGCCUCAUCAUUCUAUUCCAGAAAAGCCAGCAAACAUACAACCUGUGACUACUAUACAGUUCCCUAGCAUUCUUUCAGAACUAGGUGGAGUAGUAAAUGUGACGGUUGCUAAGCCAAAGAGGAAGCUGUUAGUGCAAGCUUUGGCAGAAUUUGACAUCAAAUCAAAAAAGGCAACAACUUUUUUAAACAGGGGACAACUAAUGCUACAAGCUUCACAUGACCAGCUCCUUGCAAAGGUGCGGUCAAUUUUGGAGAACCAGAGUUGUGAGAAUAACAGCAUAGAUCACCAGGCUCAACCAACCGCUCCUAGUGCAGCCGAUGCCAACGAUCUUGACAUGCAUGAUAUGAUAUCCAUAACGGAGAUCGAACAUGCGAGGUGCCAAAUCAGUGCGAAGGAUAUGUCACUAACCAACACAUACACCGGGAGGCUCAUGUGCCUUAAAUUUGUUUGA